GAUUCAUGGACUCGAGGAGGGGGCAGAGGACAGCUCCGGUACGAUGACGGAAUUUGUUGAGAAACUUCUGAGAGAGAAGCUGGAGCUGCCGCCAUCUUUUCCCUUUCAGAUAGAGAGAGCCCAUCGGGCUCUGCCACCGCGUCCCUCCCCGGAAUCACCACCGAGAUCGAUAGUGGUAAAGUUCAUGAGCUUCAGGGUGAAAGAAGAGAUCUUAAAGAAGGCAUGGCAGAAGAAAGGAUUCAUGUACGAGGGGAAGAAAGUUUUUCUGGAGCAUGACUAUGCCCCAGAAGUGCUGAAGAAACGAAAGGAAUACACAGAGGCGAAAAGAGUCCUGCGGGAGAAGAAAAUACGGUUCCAGACGCCAUUCCCAACGAGACUGCGGGUUUUCUACGUGGGAGAGACGCGGAUCUACAACACGGCUGAGGAGGCGACCAAAGACAUGGCGGAGCGAGGGCUGCAGGUGGCGGUGACCAGACCGGCGGAGAACAGCUUGGAGAAGAUCAGACGCCUGACUUGGAAGACCAUCGGGGCCAAGAAAGGAGGACAGACACCGAGAGAGACAAUAGAAGGAUACAAACAACGAUUGCAAGGUUUUAGGAGAAGUCAGGAUGAGAUUUAAGGACUACUGCCUUUUAAAUGAGGUAUUUAAGAUAUCUGGUGUUUUUUUGGAUGGGUCUAUUCAAAGUUGAGGGGAAAAACCGGGGCUUAGGGAAUUAUGACUCGGGUCAAGCUAAUGGAAUUAUUGUUUAUUUACUUAUUUCCUGAGGGAGUUUUUUCUUCAUUAGGGUCGGGGUAUCCUCCUUUUUUUGUUUGUGGACUUUAGGGCGGAGGUGCAAACAUGAACAAAGCUAACUGCAACAGGAAGGGCCCACUCCCUCUGGCAGGGGGAGGACAUCCCUAUGGGCAGGUAUUCAUCAUGGCUUACAAAGGGUCAAAGUGCAGACCCCACUCUGGGAAGUUCUUGGGUUAGUCACUAGUUCAUCAGUGAACGUUUUGAAAC